GGUGAUGGAAGGGGUGUUCCCCUAGUUCCCACAUGCAAAAAGUGAGGCCUGGAGAUGGGGCUGUCUUUUUUCUCCAAACACUUGCCCAUCCAGGAAGGCCAGCCCUGGGCAUUGAAGACUCCAGAUAUGGGGGUGACUGCAUAAGGAGAGGUUCCUGAGUGACCUGAAGAAACAUGGUUGGGAUGAAGUGCAGGGAGGGUCAGGGCAGGCAGGGCUGAGCUUCGCUUCUGCGAGCAGAGAUUAGAGAGCGAUCCCAGAGGCCUGCCUGGAGGUGGGGCCACAGAGCAGGAGUCUGAAGGAGAGGGGGUAAUUCACCUCUGUCCUACUGUGUGGGAAGCCCUGAGUGGGCCCCUAGCAGAGGGUUGCCUUGCGCUUAUCUAUGGAGAUAUUGGGAAGGGCUUCCCUGACCCAGGUUGCUGGAGCAUGGGGGCCUGGGUGGCAGGGGUGGGGGUGGGAGAUUCAAGACAGGAGGAUGAGGCCACAUCCAGGUGGCUUCAGAUACCACCGUGAGUCCCAUAGAGUGUCCAGUUACUAUAAAGUCUGCCAGCCACUGCGGUCGCCCCAGGCCUGUGCCAAGUCCCGAGAUCUCUGCCCCGCAGCCAGUGCAGAGGGAAGAGGAGGGCAGGAGGGGACAGCUGACAUCAUCUCUACCGUUGAGUUCAACCACACGGGAGAGCUGCUGGCCACAGGUGACAAGGGCGGCCGGGUCGUCAUCUUCCAGCGGGAACCAGAGAGUAAAAAUGCGCCCCACAGCCAGGGCGAAUACGACGUGUACAGCACUUUCCAGAGCCACGAGCCGGAGUUUGACUAUCUCAAGAGCCUGGAGAUAGAGGAGAAGAUCAACAAGAUCAAGUGGCUCCCACAGCAGAACGCCGCCCACUCACUCCUGUCCACCAACGAUAAAACUAUCAAAUUAUGGAAGAUUACCGAACGAGAUAAAAGGCCCGAAGGAUACAACCUGAAGGAUGAAGAGGGGAAACUUAAGGACCUGUCCACGGUGACGUCACUGCAGGUGCCAGUGCUGAAGCCCAUGGAUCUGAUGGUGGAGGUGAGCCCUCGGAGGAUCUUUGCCAAUGGCCACACCUACCACAUCAACUCCAUCUCCGUCAACAGUGACUGCGAGACCUACAUGUCGGCGGAUGACCUGCGCAUCAACCUCUGGCACCUGGCCAUCACCGACAGGAGCUUCAACAUCGUGGACAUCAAGCCGGCCAACAUGGAGGACCUUACGGAGGUGAUCACAGCAUCUGAGUUCCAUCCGCACCACUGCAACCUCUUCGUCUACAGCAGCAGCAAGGGCUCCCUGCGGCUCUGCGACAUGCGGGCAGCUGCCCUGUGUGACAAGCAUUCCAAGCUCUUUGAAGAGCCUGAGGACCCCAGUAACCGCUCAUUCUUCUCGGAAAUCAUCUCCUCCGUGUCCGACGUGAAGUUCAGCCACAGCGGCCGCUACAUGCUCACCCGGGACUACCUUACAGUCAAGGUCUGGGACCUGAACAUGGAGGCAAGACCCAUAGAGACCUACCAGGUCCAUGACUACCUUCGGAGCAAGCUCUGUUCCCUGUACGAGAACGACUGCAUUUUCGACAAGUUUGAAUGUGCCUGGAACGGGAGCGACAGCGUCAUCAUGACCGGGGCCUACAACAACUUCUUCCGCAUGUUCGAUCGGAACACCAAGCGGGACGUGACCCUGGAGGCCUCGAGGGAAAGCAGCAAGCCCCGGGCUGUGCUCAAGCCACGGCGCGUGUGCGUGGGGGGCAAGCGCCGGCGUGAUGACAUCAGUGUGGACAGCUUGGACUUCACCAAGAAGAUCCUGCACACGGCCUGGCACCCGGCUGAGAACAUCAUUGCCAUCGCCGCCACCAACAACCUGUACAUCUUCCAGGACAAGGUAAACUCUGACAUGCACUAGGUAUGUGCAGAUCCCGGCCCCUGCCACCCAGCCUCAUGCAAGUCAUCCCCGACAUGACCUUCAUGACCGCAAUGCAAGGAGGGGAAGAAAGUCACAGCACUGAUGAGGACAGCUGCAGAGGUGGCAGUGUGUGGACACAGGAAGUUUGGGCCCCCUCCCUGCCCCAGCUUUCCUAGGCCAGAAUUGUGUUUGGCAGUAAUUGUCUGUUUAAAAAAAUAAAAAGGAAAGGAAGCGUUCACCGCCACAAAUCAUAAAAUGGACAUGACUGUGGAGUCUUACAGUUCAGGGUUCUUUCAUUCACGUCCCUUCCUGUCUCGGUCUGCGGUCUUUACCACAUCAAUAGGACUUUUUAUGCGUCCGGGUUAAUUUUUCACUCCAGUGCGUCCUGUUGCGGGGGCCGGAGCUGAUGGGAGCUGCUUCUCCCCCAUGCCUCACUGGUCCCAGAUCAGGGCUCCAGGGACAGAUGAUGAGUCUCAAACGAGCCAGCCAGGGGUUCUUUUGGUUAUAAAUGGGGCAAUUCGCCCUGUCUCAGAGCUGAUGACCUCACCGUUGUUUUUUGGAUGGUGAAUUCAUGCUGAGAAUUUGCAGAUGCAAGCUCCUCUCCUAGGUCUUCUGAAUGUCUUGAAACAUCCCAGGUCCCAGGUCUGGUGCGGUUUCCCGAGAGGAGCGGAGUGGGGUUUGUCUUCUGUGUGCCUGUGUCCUCAUCUGAUUCACCUGCCAUUUGCUGAGCCUCUGCUGUGUGCCGGGCGUGGUGCUCAGCCCUAGAGGCAGUUGACUUACCCCCUGCAGCCCUCCCUGCAGCCUCACCCUUCAGCAUUCACUGGGCACCUUCCCGGAGCGGACACUGACUCCCAUGCACGAUUUUUUGGAAUCUUCCUCCUGACUGUGAGGUGGGUGUUCAUUCAUUUCCUCCAUAAACACCAACUUCUCGAAGCGUGCCAGGCUCUGGGCUGGAUGCUGGGGAUAAGCGGGAACCCUUAGGAUCCCCUCUGUCCACGAGAAGAAACUGAGGCUCUGAGCGGAUGCACAGGUCACCCAUGGCAGGUGCCGUGCAGUGGUGUCAGGAACCUGUCCGGGUCUUCACACAAGGUUCUCUCCAGUCCAUCUCGUGGGUGGCCCAUGUUCAAGUGACAUUCAAAUGGAAGGUUUAGAAAGGAAUGCCUCUGUCUUGUGAAGUAGGACAUGGCAGACUUGGCGACGACAAGGGUCCGGGAGAACUGAGACGCAGGAUGGAAGACAGAGAAGACCCCCCCCCCGGAGCUCCUCGCUCUGCUUGGUGGCUUCAGGAGUGCGGCCCUCCCCAGGACUCCACUUCAUCCUGGGCUUGCACCCUCCUUGAGCCAAUGCACUGAACUGCCUUGGAAAGGAAAUUGCAUGUUCUGACCAUUUUAGGAUACCUUUACUUCAAGGACCACACAGUCCCAGAGAACACAUCCCUCGGGAACUCUGCCCCUCUGACAAUGAGGGCCACAGAGAAGGUGGUGUUUCCAUGGUAGAUGCUCCUGUUCUGGUGAUACCAAACCUGCCCACCCCUCUGAGUCGUCUUUGCUCAUGGACUUGCAGCAGAACCACGGAGUUUGGCAUUUUGAUUCAGAAAGUGGGGAGCAGAGACCCAGCCAAAUCCAAACUUUUUUUUGGUUUGGUUUUGUUUUGUUUUUUACAAGAUAUAACAUAACCCAGGAAACAGACCCAGCUGAGGUUAUUCUCAGUGGAUUACAGUAUACUUUUGUGUGUGUAAAAGCACAAAGUGCAUGUGUACUCACUUCUGGCCAUAUAACAUUUACACAGGGAAAUGGAUCAUUGAUUUUUUUUUUAAUCAACGUGAAUGAAGAAUGUUUGUUUAUAUAUCACUAUAAAAUCCAGUUGACCUGGACAGUAUUAUAUGUACAUAUCUAUUCUAAUUAAAUUUAACAAUCAAAGGAUUGGAUUACCUUUUCCCCCCUUGUAAAGAGGUUCGAGAAUGUGGUCAAUUGUAUAGAUAGCGUGUUAAAGCCAAAACCCAGCUCUGAGGGCCUUACCCAUUACUUGGAUAUUUGCUACGAUCCAUCUCCCUUUGUGAGUCAAAUGUUAAGAGAAGAAACUUGUAUUUGCAGCUAGAGGUUACUGUCACAUCAUAGAUUUAACAUUUACCAUCUUCAAAGUACGAAUCUUACAUGUUCUUCAAAAGGAGGUCUUAAUACAGUUCCUAGUUCCUUACUUCUGUUUUAAACUUUGGGUACCAAACCAAAAAGCAGAAAAAAGAAAGGAAAAGAUCUUCUUUGAAGAAAAGUAUGUCUCUGGAUCCCUGGAAAAUAAUGAUGUCCAAAGCAAAUUGUGAAGAUAAAAUGUGUGUUAAGAAAAGGUGUCGGGGGGAGGGACAAAACCAGAAACGGUGGAAGGACCAGUGUAAUAGUCACAGACUUGCAUCCUGGCUCUGCUUACAUUUCCUGGUACUCUCGAAUGUACGGGCGUUCACAUAGUCAUUGUGAAGUUGUUGGGGUUUUUUUGGUUUUGUUUUUAAUUUAGCUCUUCUCUGAGGACGAAGCUGUUGGUGGUGGUGGUGGUGGGGGUGGUGGUGUGGGAUACAUGGUGGUCAAGUUGUCAGCCCUGAUCAGUUUGGACUCUGUAACUCAUAGGUGCAUUCUUUUUUUCUUUGGUGUCUCACAAAUUACCCAAUUGUUGAAUAAAACUAUAAAUAUGUUAAUACCAGCUUUUUCCAAUAAAAUAACAAAUAUUACAUCAAAAA